CGGGGGCGGGGCUUAGCGCAGGGAAGGGUCCGCGCGGAGCGGCGGUUUCGCUACGCCCCCAAGGGGCGGGCCCACCGGGGUGGGCGGGGCCCGUCCCGCAUCCCCCUCCCCGGGCAGCGUUUCCAGCCGGAGCGUUUAUGCGGCGCGCGGGGAAGGGGCGCCGGGGCCGCCAUGUCGCGGUUGCACCAGAGCAGGAUCGCGGACUUCCAGGAGGUGCUGGGCGAACCCACGGUGGCUCUGACCAAGCUCCGCGAGCUGUGUUUCAGCGGAAUUCCCUUUGAUGGUGGGCUGCGCUGCCUGUGCUGGAAGAUACUCCUGAACUACCUCCCUUUAGAGAAAGCCUUAUGGAGCUCUUUGCUGAAGAAACAAAGGGAUCUGUAUUCCCAGUUCCUGAAAGAAAUGAUUAUCCAGCCUGGGAUUGCCAAGGCCAACCUGGGUGUUUCAAGGGAAGAUGUGACCUUAGAAGAUCAUCCCCUCAAUCCAAAUCCAGACAGUCGAUGGAACACUUACUUCAAGGAUAACGAAGUGCUCCUCCAGAUAGACAAAGAUGUCAGGAGGCUGUACCCUGACAUGGCGUUUUUCCAGCGCCCCACGGAUUAUCCCUGCCUGCUAAUCCUGGACCCCCAGAACGAGUUUGAGACGCUGCGCAGGCGGGUGGAGCAGACCACACUCAAGUCGCAGACGGUGGCACGAAACCGCAGUGGGGUGACAAAUGUGAGCUCCCCUCUGAAAACCACCCCCAGCUCUCUGAGUGAGUAUGAAGUUCUGCCCAACGGCUGCGAGGCUCACUGGGAAGUGGUGGAGAGGAUCCUGUUCAUCUAUGCCAAGCUGAACCCUGGCAUAGCCUAUGUCCAGGGCAUGAAUGAAAUUGUGGGGCCUCUUUACUACACCUUUGCUACAGACCCUAACAGCGAAUGGAAAGAACAUGCUGAAGCAGACACAUUUUUCUGCUUUACCAAUCUAAUGGCUGAAAUUCGGGACAACUUCAUUAAGAGCCUGGAUGAUUCUCAGUGUGGUAUUACCUACAAAAUGGAGAAGGUGUACUCCACCCUGAAGGAAAAAGAUGUGGAGCUGUAUUUGAAGCUGCAAGAACAGAACAUCAAACCCCAGUUCUUUGCCUUCCGCUGGCUGACGUUGCUCUUGUCCCAAGAGUUCCUGCUGCCAGAUGUGAUCCGCAUCUGGGACUCCCUGUUUGCUGACGACAAGCGCUUCGAUUUCCUCCUGCUCGUCUGUUGUGCCAUGUUGACACUCAUCCGGGAUCAGUUGCUGGAAGGAGACUUCACUCUGAACAUGAGGCUGCUACAGGAUUAUCCCAUCUCUGAUGUUCAUCUGAUUUUGAAGAAGGCAAAGGAACUUCAAGAUUCCAAAUAGUCCAUGGGCCUAACAAAAGGUGUCAGAGAACUGUGUGGCAGUGGGUCCUGGGAGAUGGCCCCUUGCAGUGUGGUGCACUAAAGCUCCUACUGAUCUCUGCAAGACUUCAGGUUAGGGCUACUGGCCACCUUGAAGACUUCUUUCUACUCUAUUUAUUAGGUCAAGGACUGAUUACUUCUGCAUCUACUUGGGUCCUACACUCCAGAUUUUUCCACAUCUCAAAUGCCUCUUUGCUGCCAAAAGCAGUUCUUUGUAUCUUUUUUUAAUGACUUUGAGUUUGGGGAGAAAGAAGCCUUCUGUCUGCAUAUCCCUGAAGGGAUGGACUCCUGUAUUGUGCAAGUAACACACGGAGUAACUUCUGAUGGGGAAAGGACAGACUUAAGUCCAGUGAAUUUUGGUGGGUGAAGAUAGAAGGAUCUUCCUCCUGUGAAUAGAAUGUAUUCCAGUGAAGUCACACAUUCUGCCAUUUAAGUAGAUUCUGGAUUCUCCUCCCUCGUGUCUGCACUUGGCCAUCCCUGGGGCGUGUGAAGAAGAUUGCAUCACUUUCUGGUGAAGGUUGCCUGGCAGUUUGCACUCCUUUGACUGGGAAAGAGACUUGGGAAGCUGAGGUAGGAGGACAUGGUGACAGCUGGUGGCUUUGUGCACUCAAACUGCCUGAAUCCAGACCUGCCUUAUCAACGAGGUCUCCUUGAAAGCAAGACCGGUGGUUUUAAUCCCCUGGUGAAGUGUAGUUGCAAGUCAAGCCUUACUACGCACAGCCUUAGAGCAGGACUGUUGCUGCAGAGAGGCCUCCUGCUGCUCUGAACUGGAGCAUAUCCAGCUACAAUCAGGAUCCUGAAACACAAGAAAUGGACACCUAAUCAUGUGCAAUGAAGACAAAUGUAUUUAGGGGCUUAUACAGCACAGAACUUUUCUGCCUCAGUGGCUUAAAUAAUACUACUUGCAUUAAGGUCUGGUCACAGUAACCUUGCUAUUGUCUCACAGUACUUCUUGCCAGGAAGAGACAGUUCUGAUCUGCACUAAGAGUCCUUCUCCAGCACAAUCCAGCAGACAUACAAGCAUCUGUCAUGAGCUGACUGCUGGGGCUGAUCCACUGUUCUGUCCUGGUCCUGUUGGAGUCAACAGUCCUGAGUUGGACACUUGUUCCUCCUGAGAGAGAAACUGCUGCACUUCAGAUACAGACGAGUGGGCUCAGGUGAAGAGGGACUGAGACAAACCACAGGGAGAACUGCUGACCUGCCACAGUGUGGAGCUGAGCAGAAACCCUAAUCUUCAGAGUGAGAAACUGCCAGCACCCAGGUGCUUGUAUUGUGCAGAAGCUCUUGAGUGAACACUAAUCCAACAUGCUUUUCCCUUUCUGUGCUGUGCUGGCUCAUCUCUGCUGUUGGACACUGCAGUUGUUGGUAUUUAUGGGUGUUGAUUUGUUAAAGGUCAGUCAGUCUUUGUAAGACUUGCUUAAGCUGCUGCUGGCUUAGACUUGCCCUAGCAGGAGGGAUGCUGGCAGCCUUCAGCUUUUUUUACUGGUGUAUUUUCCUUCACUGAAGGCCUUCACAGGCUGCUGUAAUUCUCACCAAGGUGCAGGACAGGUUGGUGCACGUACCCAUGUUCUUACUGGCAAUCCCAAGCAAUCUCUGCCUCUUGAGAAGAUGCUCGAGUACCACUUGUGCAGCCAUGUGUUGCUGCUGUGUUGCAAGAGCAAUUUAAGGUUUAAAGCAAUCUGUAAUUAAUACCUGUGGCAACAGUAUCCCUCUCUGCUGCAAUCUUUUCUUGAGGGUAUAGUUUUCCUCCAAGAAAAAUGGAACAGGUAGCCCAGGAGAGCAGUGUGAUGAAGUAUCCUGGCUCUCUAGCCACUGGAUGGAUGUUCUUUCUGAGCUGUUGCAGGUGGUCUUAUGUCUCAGCUCUUGGGUACCUGCACUGGGGAGGCUGUUGGCCAGACCUUGUGUGGUCAGAGAGCCACCUAGGAGGUUCUCUACAAAUGUAGAACCAGAGGGCCCCACUAUGAGGCAAGAUUGUACCUGCUUCAAACACUUGUGCAUCAGAACUGCUAUAAAUACUGCUGUAGCUUUCCCAUUCCAUGCACAAACUCGGCUCUCAUCUCCCUGAAUACCUGUGCUGGGCUGUUCAUUCUGGGUUCCCCUGGCAUGUGCAGGGUUUCCUUAUGCUGGAAUUUCUCACUGGCAACAGGACCAUCCAUGAGUGUUCCUGCUCUGAGCAGCUGGAAGUCUCCUUAAAGUAACCUGAGGAGUCAGCAGGCAAAUCAGGAUGAAAGCAUUACUUGGAGAUGAACUUAUGCAUUUUUCAGCAUAGCUUUGGGUCCUGGGGGUGACCAUCCCUCUUGGGGAAGGCACAGGGGAGGUGGCAGUACAGGUGUCGUGCUGACUUCUCCCUUCCUAGGUGUCCAAGGGCUCGUGUUAUGUCACCUUGCUUCAGGGGGUGACAGUGAAUGCUUUUGACAGGAGUUUGCAGUGGUUUAAAGGGAUGUGAUGAGAGAUUUGCCUGCUGGAAAGGAUCUCUGGGAUAAAUUCUGUAGCCUUAUCCAACCUGUGGCUGCCAAACCUAUUGAGUUGUUUGGGGAGAGCUUGCAACAACUUUGAAACAUCCAGGGAGGCUGUUCCAUACAUAAAAAGCUGUUUUAUAUUCCUGCUUAUUUCCUUCCUGUGUGGUAGAACUUCUGUCCUGCUGUUGAAAGGAGUAGUACUUUUCAUUGUCUUGGGACAUCUAUUUCUUUAUUCCAAGACUUUCUCCUUUCUUUAAGAGCAAAACCAGAUUUUCUGAGAGGACAAAAGAAAGUCUUAACCUUUUACCAGCUUUUGAAUCUCCUUAUGCUUCCCUUGGCUUCAUUCCCCAAAGGUUUUUGGUGAUUAUUUUUGUUGUUCUUGAAGUGAGACGAUACUUAACUGGUAUUUCCUUGCUUGUGUGGCCAAGUAACACCUGCUCCGGCCUUGAGAUGUUCCUGCUUCUGGUUUCUUACAAUCCUGACUUGCUGAAAGAGCUGAACUUUGGGGCGGGACGUGUUAAUCUGGGAUGCCUUGGCGACCCAUUAUCUCACAGGGACUUGAACAGUGGAUGUUUAAAUAGCUCUUACCAUGUGUUCCUCAUAGGCAGGGCUGCUGCCAGACAGGGGAAAGGGAAAUCACCUUCAGCUGGGAGGAAAAACAGUACACUCGUGGGUGUGGGUAGGGAUGAGCCUUCCCUGGGAAGGAGAGGUCUGCUCUACCUGCAUCUCACUGGAGUUCAGGCUUUGUAGAGCUUUGUGGCUUUGCCAGUGAGCUAAAUCAAGUUGCUGGUGGUGGUCACUCGGGAGACUGAUUUGAGCUUGAAUUUUAUGACCUGACCUAGAAUUAUUCACACUUUGGCACCGAGCAGAAUGAAAGCCAGAAGUUGUUUUGGGGGAGUCUGGGGUGUUUGGGAAUCAAAUGCUGUUUUUCCUUAAAGAACAUCAGCGAUUUUGUUUUAACUGUUUGGAGCAGUCUUGUAAAAUGCCCUUUCCCCAAAGAAAGGGACAGAUAACACUUUUUUUUCCCCCCAAUUUAUUUGGGAAGAACUGCCGGAAAAGGGUGUAGUGAACAUUUCAUCACUCUAAACCUCCUUAUUUUAUGCUUCUUUUUUCUAACACUAUUUUUAUAAGGUUUCCUUUAACUAAACGGAUGUCUGUGCAAACCU